AUGGAUGAUAUUCCCACUAUAUCUAGAGAGGUUAACCUAAUAUUGACUCCUCUUCAGAUAACAAGCAAUGUCCCAACCUCACUUAAUGAUUGUACAGGUGGUAUAUUGACUCCUCAUCAGAAGACAAACUUCAUGUUAGAAAGAUAUUAUUUCUUUAAAAUGGAACAAGAAAAAGAUGAAACCAUCGUAGAGGAAGGAGAUAAUAAAAUCUCAAAAACAGUAACAAGGGAGCAGUAUGAGAAGUACAAACCAGUAUCAAAAAUUAUUUGCUAUUGUUGUGGAUUAGGAGAUCACAUAAAACCUAAGUGCCCUAAUUUGAAUGCCAUCUGCCAUAAUUGUGGGAUAAAAGGACAUUUACAAAAAGUAUGCAGAAGGAAUCGUGGGAAGAAAGAAUAUAUUCGAAAGAUAGAUGUUCCAGAAAAUGAGCGAGAAAGUUUUGAGGAUUGGGAAUUUCCAGAGGAGUCUAGAGAAAAAUUUGAGGUGAAAUUAUUGAUAGAUAAAAUUUAUAUUAAAUUUUUAAUUGACACAGGAUCGGCAGUCUCCAUUUUGAAUAUAGAAGACGUUUACCGUUUAAAAAUACCAUUAACAAAAACGGAUAUUAUUUUAAAAUCUUAUAAUAAUGUAAUGAUCAAUAUUAAAGGUUUACUAAGAGGUUUUAAGGCCAGUUUAGCGGUAAAAUCCAACCCUCAGUUUCAGUGUAUGAAAAGUAGACCGAUACCAUUUGCGUGGAAGGCAAAACUCGAAACGGAAUUACAACGACUGAAAUCCAUGGGAGUUUUAGAAAGACUAAAAUACUCGAAUAUCGCUUCUCCGAUUGUACCCGUAUUGAAGAAAGAUGGAUUUUUACGAAUUUGCGGUGAUUUCAGACAAACGGUUAAUGCAAAUAUUUUGAUAGAUAAAUAUCCUUUACCCAGAAUUAAUGAAUUAUUAGACACACUAGAAGCACCAAUUUUAACACAUUAUAAUCCGGAAAAACCGAUAAUUCUAGCUGCUGAUGCGUCUCAACAUGGAAUAGGAUCAGUUAUAUCUCAUAUCAUUAACAACGAGGAAAAACCGAUUGGAUACGCGUCUCGAACAUUAAAUGCUGCCGAACGAAAUUACAGUCAGAUAGAGCGGACGAAAAAGAAUAGUAAUGCGGAUAUGCUUUCCCGGUUUCCAAUUUACGGUAAACCAUCGGCUUGGGAAGAGUUAGAUAUUAAUUUAAUAGUAUCGGAUGCUCCACAAUUUAUUUCAGCGUUAGAUAUAAAAGCACACACAAGAAAUGACCCGGUAUUAUCAAAGGUUUCACGUUACCUUACAACUGGAUGGCCAAAGAUAAUAGAGGAAAAUCUAAAACCGUUUUUCCAGCGCCGAAAUGAACUCACGAUGGAGGCAGGGUGUAUAUUAUGGGGAUUAAGAACCAUAAUUCCAAAAAAAUUACAAGUAAAUAUUUUGUCUUUUUUACAUAUGGGGCAUCAGGGUUAUACUAAAACAAAAUUAUUGGCACAAGAGAAUGUUUGGUGGCCGAAUAUUAACGAAGAUAUCGAAUUACACGGUAAGAAUUGUGAAUUAUGUCAAACAAAUAAUCCUGGCAAUAAAACGAUCAUAGGGAAAUGGCCCUCCGCAAAUAAACCAUGGGGAAGAAUUCAUUUAGAUUUUGCCGAACCAAUUAACGGAGAUAUAUAUCUAGUAAUAAUAGUUUUAGUAAAUGGCCUGAAAUACAAAAAAUGA